AUGCGCUGCUGUGUCUUCGUUCUGUGAAUCUACCGGAGUCUCACUAAGCCAUGGGGGAAAACAGUCCUGAGAAUGUCAUCUAUUACACAGUAGAGGAAGAUGAUUUGGCCCAGGAGGACAAACUCUUGAGAUUUGUUGACAAGAAUGGACUUCUCCCGGCCUCGUCCAGAACGGUCUACGACAGGACAACAGUCCUCAUUGAACAAGACCGAGGGCCGCUGGAGGAUGACGACGACGAAGGACCGUGCGGGGAUUUCCUGCCUGAUGAUGGUCACGAGGACCGCUUUCAUUUGAUAGCUGACCAUGAAGGAAUGUCCCAGGGUUAUGUGCAGCACAUCAUUUCCCCAGAUCAGAUUCACCUGACGAUCCAUCCUGGUUCGACUCCCAUGCCACGAAACAUAGAAGGAGCCACUCUCACUCUGCAGUCGGAAUGCCCCGAAACAAAGCUUAAAGAGGUGAAGCGCUACCAGUGUACCUUUGAGGGCUGCCCUCGUACCUACAGCACUGCAGGCAACCUGCGCACCCACCAGAAGACUCACCGAGGGGAAUAUACCUUUGUGUGCAAUCAGGAAGGGUGUGGAAAAGCCUUCCUCACAUCCUAUAGUCUCAAAAUCCACGUCCGAGUCCACACCAAGGAGAAACCAUUUGAGUGUGAUGUUCAAGGCUGUGAAAAAGCCUUCAAUACACUGUACAGGUUAAAAGCCCACCAGAGGCUUCACACAGGGAAGACAUUUAACUGUGAAUCAGAAGGCUGCAGCAAGUACUUCACGACGCUCAGUGAUCUGCGGAAGCACAUUCGGACUCAUACCGGAGAGAAGCCAUUCCGGUGUGACCAUGACGGCUGUGGAAAAGCUUUUGCUGCCAGCCACCACCUGAAGACCCAUGUCAGGACCCACACGGGUGAGAGGCCCUUCUUCUGUCCCAGCAAUGGCUGCGAGAAGACCUUCAGCACACAGUACAGUCUCAAGAGUCACAUGAAGGGACAUGAGAAGGGGCCUUCGUAUACCUUGCUCUCCAGCAACAACCUCUCUGAGGAUAUGAACCACUCACUCUGCCUGAGCGACUUGAGCCUCAUGUCCACAGACUCAGAACUGCGGGAUAAUUCAAAUCCAAUACCAGGGCAAGACCUGAGCACCAUCUCACCAGCAAGCAUCUUUGAGUCCAUCUUUCAGAGCCCAGACCCUCCUGCAAAUCAGGAAGAAUCUCACCCCCCAGACACCUUGAUCGGGGAUUUUGAUCGUGACACAAAGCCAGCCCCUGCGGUCCCACCAGCACCAGGAGAGUCUGCUUCGUUGCCCCUGCCUCUUGUCCUGCAGCUCGGCAUCUCUGAGCCUUCCCCUCCAGCACUGCCUCCUCCAGCUCCCACUGACACCCCGGCUGGUGUCCUUCAGGCUCCUGAAGUGCCUGCUUCGAUCUGCACGCCAUUUGCAGCCAACCCCCAGGGCUUCCUGCAGCCUCUGCAGGUGCCCACCCAGCUGCCUGAAGCAGGACUUCCUGGGGUUACGGGUCCCACAGCUGUGCCACCAGCAGGGGCGACGAGUACCCCUGAAGCUGUGCCUGCGGGAGGGAGCACUGGGCUGGCCAGCAGCCCCCCCAUUACCCUCACGCCCUCACAGAAAGCUGCUCUUCUGCAGUCCAGCAUCAUGGUGGGAGAGCAGAACCUCCAGUGGAUUUUGAACGGCGCUGCUAGGUCAUCUCAGAACCAAGAACAAAUGCCACAGGCCCCCGUGGUGGAGAAGGUCUUCUUCACGACUGCCCUGCCGGUUGCCGGCAACACAGGGAGCUCCAUGCAGCAGAUUGGACUGAGUGUGCCCGUCAUCAUCAUCAAACAGGAAGAGGCCUGCCAGUGCCAGUGUGCCUGUCGGGACUCAGCAAAGGACAGAGUUGGUGGUGGUGGUGGUGGUGGUGGUGGCAGCAGCGGCAGCAACAACAGCAGCAGCAACAACAGCAGCAGCAGCAGCUGUUCCUCAUUGGGCUCCAAGACGUCCGGGGAGCCCCCACCUCCAGCCUUCCCUGUGAUCCUGCCCACCAGCACCCCUUCUCCGGCGGUCCUCGCCUCCAUGUUGCCGCCUCCUUGUGAAGACAGCUGCCUGGCGGGGAACCCGUCCAAUGUGCAGAACCAGUCCCUAAGUGCCAUGGAUGUCUCCGACUUCCUUUCCCUCCAGAGCCCCGAGGCAUCCUCCGCUCUGAUCCCCAUCGAGGCCCUCCUGCAAGCGGGAGAGGAGGAGGAGGAGGAGGAAGAGCUGGCCCUGGGAGGCAGCUUUCCCAAGUGAGGCCCUCCUGCUCUGGCUGACCAGGAUGGAAGGAGGAGAAGCAGGGGCCUGCUGAGCCCAGGAGGCUCGGGUCGAGUCUUCUCUCUCAGGAGGAAGAGCACCCUGUUGUCUGGACUGCUGGACUGCACUCUUUUGUCACUUUGGCUUACUGUGACCCGGACACAGGAAUCGGUCACUUUAACAGGAUGUGGGAGGGCCAGUGGCUCUCCCUCCUUGCACCGGGUGGUGGUGGUGGGGUGGAGGCAGGGGCGGUGAUGGAGAGCAGUGCUGGCAGCAGAGGUGGAUCUUGUUACAGCCCAGAGGGCUCUUUAGUACGAUGUGUGCACUAUUAUACUGUGGGGGUGAGGAGGAGAUGCUGAUCUCGAGAGGCAUCAGACUGCCCCAUGGGCCCUGGUUGUUGGGAUGCCAGCUCCCUGCCAGGGGGUGGGGUCCCACCGUCAGUGCCAGGAAGAGGCCAGCCUCUGCUCCCUGUAGGUCUGUCUCCUUGCUAGCUUUCAGAGGACUGGAAAUGCCAGCCGGGUGCAUCCUCUCCUCCGAUUCUGAAGACAAGGAGACGAGCUUGCUCUGUAGUGGCCGUGCGGCUCCCACAUCCAUGUUAGGGCUGCUGCUCCUGCUCAGUAUUGGAAGGCUGCAUCUGCAUGUUGUUUGUGGGCUAAGGGUGUGCGUACUGCUUCACUCUUACCAGAACCACUUGCCCAGCAGCAUCAACAUGGCACAGAAGAUGUGGGUCUUUGGUGUAGAGAGGCCUGCAGAGUCUCCACUUUGCCCAGACAGAAGAGCUUGUGUCGCUUAGGAAAAGCUUCGGCAAAAUGCAUCCCCUGAAUACAUUGUUGUGUCUUUGUCUGGUGGCUUCGUGAUGGCGCUGCAUCUUCAGAGCGGCCCCCUCUCUUUGUUCAGUCCUCCAGCUCUUCCCAAAGGCUUCCUCUUACUCAUGUAAGAGUAUCUACUUUUGCGCCUGCCUCCUGCAGAGGGGAUGUGCCCCCUUUCUCACUUUCUAGCUCACUCAGGGUAAAAUCCUAACAUAGAUUCCCCUCCACCCCAAAGCCUGUAAGGUUUCAUGAAAUCUCCUUUUUAAAAUGUUCUAUUUAUAUGAUAUACCAUUUAAAAAAAAUACUAAUAGAUGCCAUCUAGAGAGUUA